AUGUCUUCUUAUGAAAAGGUCCCUACUGGAGCUCAAACUCCAGCUAUUGGCGCCGACGAAGAAGCAUCUUUUGGUAUGUAUAACCCACCCAAGAAGGCUAACGUUUACUGUCUUCCAGAGCACUCUUGGUCAAUCUAUGAGGAGAGUCAAGCCAAAGAAGCAUCCGUGGAUCACUACCGUUAUUGGAAAAGAAUAUUUUCCGUCUGCUCUAUAAUAAUCCUCUUCGGCGGCUUAAUUAACCAUUUCCGGAUCUCACUGCUUAGGUCCAGUUUGCAAGCCGAGUUCACCACCUUCAAGGAACUGACGGUGCCCCAGUAUUGUUUCGAAGCUGGUGUCGAUGGCGCUACCUGUUAUGAAGAGUUGACUAAAGCCCAGAGCUUUGUGGAAGCUGUUGUUUGCGAAGUGAUGAACGAUGGAUACUACUUCGGCCGUGAACUUUGCAACACUGUUCACGUUCAGCUUGACUGUUGGGUGCAAGUGGCCAUGAAUGGAUACAAUGCUGAUAGCACCAGGGAAAGACCAGAUGUCAAUCCAGCUGGCUGGAGGGAAAGAACUCCAGCCUUUUUGGUCCAUUUCUAUCAAGCUGUGAUUUUAAAUGAGAAACUAAUUUAUCAUAGGUUCAUCAGGAAAUUACUCAUGGUGGUCUCCUUGGCUUGUACCUUUUGCAGUUUUGUAUUGGCCAUACUUUUCAUCGUUCAAUUUGUCAAGGAAAUAAACCAUGUGUCGCUGUGCAAACAAGAGGACCAGGAGCCUGAUCAGCGGUGA